AGCCUUUUAUCCCAUUCGUCCAACCCGCCAAUCUUUGCAGCUUCUACUUCGUUUCCGCAGCGGCUCCACUCGGCAGCUCCUCGGUUGGACAGGCCUAAGUGCGGCAUUCUCUCCGUCUUGGACCUGCGUCAUCAAGCAUUGCAUGCCGUCCUGCACGCCCUUGUAAAGAAGCAAAAUAUUAUUACUACCUAUAGCCGCAAGCACGCGCUGUGUGGCUAUACCCUUACCCGUCCACCCCCGUUGUCGUCACGCAACGCAACCAUGCUCGCAGCUGUCAUGUCGCACAGCGUGUCGCUGACAACUCACGAGGCGCUUUCCGGUGUCUUCGGCUCAAUCUCGCUGGCUUCGUGGAUCUUUCUGUUGGUCCCGCAACUAAUCGAAAACUACAAAUCGUCCUCCGCUGAUGGCAUCUCCCUCGCCUUCCUCGUCGUCUGGUUCGUCGGCGACAUAACCAACCUUGCUGGCGCCAUCUGGGCCGGUCUCGUCCCCACCGUCAUCGCCCUCGCAAUUUACUUCUGCUUCGCCGACCUCGUCCUCAUCUCGCAAUGCGUAUACUACAACAUGAAGAACUCGCGCCGUGGGGAGCGCAAAACCUCUGUGCAGUCGACAAACAGCGUUGAAGCGCCCCUGCUGGGCAGACGCGAUAGCAGUAACGUCGGUCUGCCGGGAAGUCACAGGCGCGAUUCCGCGGCUAGUCGCAGACGGCGCGCAAGCUCUCUGCCUACGAUUCCGGAUGUGGGCGAUGGCGCGAGCGAGUGGGUUAAGAAUGCGCUGAGCAUUGUGGGUGUUUGUGUCGUUGGUGCCGCAGGGUGGGCUAUCGCGUGGAAGACUGGUGUAUGGGUUCCGCAGCCUCAGCAUAACACGGAGGAUACCUCGGAUAACCCUGUCGGCGCCAUGAUCUUGGGAUACGCGAGCGCCGUGGCUUAUCUUGGAGCGCGUAUUCCUCAGAUCAUUAAGAAUCAAAGGGAGAAGUCAUGCGAGGGCUUGUCGCUGCUUUUCUUCAUGUUGAGUCUUUUGGGCAAUGCUACGUAUGGCGCGGGGAUCAUCUUCCACUCACAAGAAAAAGAGUACAUACUCACCAACCUCCCCUGGCUCAUCGGCUCCCUCGGUACGAUGGUCGAAGACAUAACCAUCUUCAUCCAAUUCCGCGUUUUCGGCAACGGCGAGGCAUCUUCUGCCCUUGAGGCGUGAUGCGCUCAGCUGUGUUUAUAAAAUCGUCUGUUACGUCUGGCGUUCUUGUAUCUACCGCAGAGCGACGGUAUGAUCUACUUAAAAGUUUUU